CAGUAGUAGUAGUAGUACAUGUAGUAGUAGUAGUAGAAGUAGUAACAGCAGCAACAGCAGCAGUAGUAGUAGCAGCAGUAGUAGUAGUAGUAGUAGCAGCAGCAGCAGUAGUAGUAGUUGUAAAUAUCAUAUUGAAAGGAAGCCUUUGGGUUAUCCUUUUCCUUUCCUUUAUACAUCCAUGUGGCUCUCCUUAUCCUAUUGUUUUUAUUUGUUCCUUACGUUUGAUGAUUAUGCAGGAUAAAUAAUAAUAACAUUAAUAGCAGGAGGAAGAAAAGGAGAUGCUGAUCAUGGCAUUUUUCAAAAUUUGCACUUGUCUUUGUAGUAUCACGUUGCAAGCUAUGGUAUUUACAAUAUUUCUUUUUUCUUUGUUUUUGUUCUUACAGAUAACACCCUCCAUGCCUACAACUCGCCCAUAACAACUCGUCUCAAUGAGGCAUUCAAAACACAUCUCAGUCUUGCGGACUGCCUAGCUACACAGCUCUAGAAACGUAACGUCGAAGGAGAAGCGCAUAGGGCGCUUACAAACCGUCCAACUCAACAUGAGGCUGCCGUUUUUAUCAGGCUUCCUGACCACCAGGAAGCUGAUCAUACUACUGGUUUGGUAUGCCAUCGCCAUGGUGAUAGCGAUAUUCACAUUCUCGCACACUCGCUGGAAAGAGGAAUCUAAUUUAUUACGUGUAUACAACUCUCUAUUCUUCGUGCCCAGCGAUGUGCCUCUUGUCAAAGACUCCUUACCCACCCGGCUCCCGGAAAACCUCUACCGGCGAAACUCAACAAACCGGUGGGAGAAUUCAAGUGUGUGGUUGCCCUUUGACCCCGAAACGGGGGAAUUCAGGUAUCGUUACGCCUCAAGGACGUAUCCGCAAAGAACUAGCAGUUUAGACGCGCUCAAAGAAAGCUUAUUACGUAGAUCAGGCAAUAGUAGUAAAUUGUCAACUCUGGUGCUUAUACGGAACAUAUCCAACGGGCAGCUCCUGUCGGAGACGCUCAACAAGGAUUUGUGGAGGGAAAGCGGGAAGGGAAGAACUCGCAACGAUUCGUUGGCUGGCGUCUUGCACGAGCUGGUCGGGGACGACGUAGAUGACCUCUUGGGGGAGGAUAAAUAUAAUUCUUACAAUAGCUCCAUGCUCCUUGCUGCCAUUGAAAGGAAUAUGCAGAAGAUACGCCAGGAGACGGAGAUUAGCUUAAAACACUUGUCGCACCUGACCGGGAUUUUAAAUGGGAGCAUGACCAGCAAUGGCUCCUCAAAAGAAGGGGAUCUUCCUGGAAAGCUCAAAAAUAGGAUUCAAGACGAUGCCGACCUCUUGCCUGGGGAUGCGAGGAUAGGUAUCAACCAGGAUCGUUUUGCCUACAAAGGAAGGACAAAACAAGGGAGUGAGAUGAGCGCCCUCGCUGUUAAACAAUCAGACAGGCCUAGUCUACUAAGUGUGCUAAUAGGAAAGGACCUUGUAGAUGAAAGUAAACCAAAGCCCGCUGCGAGGGCAAGUAUUAUACGAGAACUAACAAAGAAUGCUUCGGUUAAUUCGACAGCACCUAGUAAUUCUACCAGUACUCCACUUUCCACAGAAACUCCAGAAGUUGAUGGAUAUUAUCGCAUCGAUACGAGAAGGGUAAGUAUAUCUUUUUGAUCCUCUGAGUUUCUUUACCUAUUACUGUUUAGGGAUAAAUUAGGGAUUUUCUUUUCUUUCUGGAAUGACUGCAUAUCGAACACCAAGAAGAAUUUGAUUACCCUAGUGAUGAUCACGUCACAAUCUCUGUAUAUCAAAGAAGCAUGAUAAGAAAAAAAUUCACAGCCCAAACUUGGUAGGAAUUUGUUCAAUGGGGUCCAAGAUAUACAUGUAGCCACAUAUCUUUGAGCUCCAUCAAAGUCCUUGUAUUGUUGGCUUUAGUUCUAUUAAAAUGUUUAGAACCAGGUAAGAUGUGGUGAAUCUUAUGGUUAAUCUUGUGGAUCGAACUACUUCCUCAGUUUUCUCCCAAUACUCAUUGGGAAACAUUUGGCAAACACAUUGCUUUAAACGUAGUUAAGAGGUGCGAGAUAUGUCAAUGUGUCCGGUUCUGUGUUGCUAUUGUCUUGACAUUGUAAAAAUCAGGGAACAAUUGGUUGAGGAACAAGGACUCAGUCUUUUGCCAAUGCUAGUGAAACUUGACGAGGAACAAGGACUCGGUCUUUUCCCAAUGCGUGUGAAACUUGAAACUCUUAAAGAGUGAAGAACGCAAGACAAUACUAAAGUUUGUUAGAAGCUGCAUUGCCAUGGUGAGGGCAUAUGGUUUUGCAAUUUCCUUUCAGAAUGCAGUUUGUGAUAGAGGUGGUUAAAGUAUAAAUCAUCUUCAAUAAUAUUUUAGUUUUUGUUUGUAAAGAAAAACACAUGUCUGCAGGUCCUGUUAUGUACAUGUACAUUGUAGGCAGUGUUGACUCAUUUGAGAAUAAAAGGACCAUACUGUUGCAGUCAAUAAAUCUAAUUGUAAUAGCUAAGAAGAGAUAUGUUCUUGUUUCCUUUAGUUUCUUCAAAUUUUUUUAAAAUACAUACAUACAUGUCAUCUUGUUGAAAUUAAUAUAGACCCUUAAUACUCAUUGAUAAUCUGGACGUUGCUUGAAUAUACAAACCAAGCAGUGACCAGAGGUAUAUACAUGUAAACCCCUCAAAAAAAGUUUGGAAAUCUGAGUUUGGCCAUUAAUUUCUCCCAACUCUCAAUUUUGCACAAUGCAUAUUUGACAUCAUUCAAAAGGUCAUUUAAUUCUCUUUAAAAUGAUACCAUGCUUGUUAUGAUCAUGCCAUCACAAAAAGAGCAGCAUUCAAAAGUGUUGGAUGAGGUCUGAAUUGAAAAGCUGCAAAACGAGCAGAAAUAGUCAUGAAGGGUCAAUACAGAACAUGAUUCCAUUUUCUGUGUCAAUAGAGAUGAAAAUCCAUUCAAAUCAAGCCCCUGCUUCUGUAGUGAUGGUUCUGUGAGAUAACAUGGUUUGAGUCGUGGUUUGAAAUACCCAUGCAUGUUUGUUUGUUAUGUGUUUGAUUGUGCAGAGGUGUGUUUGAUUCCAUGUUAAUGUUGAUGUUAAGGUGCAUGAAAAUAAUUAAAAGAAACCACUGAGAAACCCACUCGUCACCACUGAAAAAAGAACAGUGACUUUCAAUAUUGUGUCAUUUUGCAACUUUCGAAUUUUGACCUUGCCCCACAUUUCAAUGCACUGCACCUCCUUGUGAACGAUAAUCACAUCAUGUAGGGUAUCAUUUUAAAGAUAAUUAAAUGCUCUAUUUAUUAAUAUAAUUACACAUUGAUAUUUACUCAAACUGAGGAGGAAAUAUCGAUCAAAGUCAGAUUUCCAAACUUUUUUGAGGAGUUUAUAUUGCCCUUAUUUGGCAUGUACAUGAAGGUGUUGUAUCUGCGGUUAGGAGGAAUUUGAACCUUUUUUUAUAUGAGCAAGACAUAAUCGAAGGAAGUUCAUAAUAAAAGGAAACAGUUCCACAUGCUGUCCUCUCAUACUCUUGUUACAAUAUGUACACAGCGUAUCUUAUCUUGAAGUUAA